AUGGCAAUGAAUGUCAUCACAAAAAAAAAUCCAACAACAACUGCUGCUACUUCACGCACACCUUAUCUUUCAAUGAUGACAUCUAAUGUAACCAGUAAUAAUAAUAAUAAUAAUAAUAAUAAUAAUAAUAAUAAUAUAAAACGGCGUGAAAGUUCAAUCGGUGAAGAUUCAGGUGUUCAAACAGAUCACGAUAGCGCAGGAAAAUCUUAUCGUUCAACAAUAACUAGUUCAGCGAAUACUGUUCCUUCUUUACCAUCAUCAUCAUCAUCAUCAUUAAGUUCAAAACCAAAAGACACAACGACGGCGCCUAAUCCUCGUUCGGGACCAACUUCUACUACGAUGGUCACAUCAUCGACACUUAUUCCUCCUACUAUUGAUACUAAACUAUUAUCAUCAUCAUCAUCAACACCAUCACCAUCAUCAUCAACAACAACACUUAUAUCUCGUAAAGAUUCGAAUGCAUCAAGUUCAGGUGCUUUUUCUGAACCAUCACGAUCAUUUGGUCAAGAAGAAAAUUCGUCCGAUUCAUUAUUUAGUCAUACAUCACCAUCAUCACAUUAUGUUAUUAAAUGUAAUGUAAAUCCAAAAUCUACAAUAUCAACAUCACCAAUGCCAUUAACACCACGUGUUAAAGUAACUGUACAACAACCUUCUAUAACAACUAUACCAUCACGUACAGAUUCAUCAUUUGAUAAUGUUUUAUCAUCAUUAUCACAUUUAAAAACUCCGACUACGAAUACUUUACCUAUAAUGACAACAAGUAUAGCAUCGAGUGCACCAGAAUUUUCUCUAAGUGGUGCAUCAAGUAUUGAAGAUUCAGAUGAAUUAGUAUCAUAUGAUAAAUAUUUAUCACCACAUGGAAGACAAUCGAAUCCUUCACCUGAACUUCGUAAAAAGACAUUUGAUGAUUGGACUAAAUUAGAACAAAGAUAUUUACCACGUAGUAAAAGUGAAAUAAAUACAGUACCAACAGAACAAGCUCAGCAACAAAUAACUACUAGUCAAAUAAAACCGGUUAGUUAA